AUGGUGUGUAAACCAGAUAUUGAAGCUUGUAUGAUGUCUCGCUGUCGACAAUGCAAACAAAAUUUCAAAAAUCAUAUUCUGACAAACAUUUUGGAUAAGAAAAAAUCAAUUAAAUGGUAUCAAUGGAUUACGUCUACAGGUCGAGUUGAAAAACAAGAAUUUUCAGGGACAGUGCUUCAAUGUGUCAAAGUUUUACAAAGUAAAACACCUCAAUAUCUCUCACAUGUUUUCGUAAAGCGAAAGCAGAGUACAUACUUUGAAUAUAUAAAAGAUAAUGCAGGUGAUUCAACUGUAGUAUGUCAGGUGGACUACGCCGAAAACUUUACACUGCAACAUCAAGAUCAAAUACAAUCAGCACAUUGGUCCAAGAAACAAGUAUCUAUAUUUACAGCAUAUGCGUGGAUGGGUGGUAGUGGCGGUGAGGGUUUUUCCUUUGGUUUUGUUUCAAACUCGACCGAUCACAACAAAUAUUCGGUCAUUACUUGCUUGGAAAUUUUAAUCGACGAAAUCACAAGUAUUAUGCCUGAUGUUCAGGAAAUUAUUUUCUUUUCAGACGGUGCGUCAUCUCAGUUUAAGAACCGUUAUAUUUUACAACACCUAACGAAUAUUAUGGACAAAACCGAUCUCAACAUUAGCUGGAAUUAUUUCAGUUCAUCACAUGGGAAGGGCAUUGUCGAUUCAAUAGGUGGUACACUAAAGAGACUUGUUUGGUUCGAGAUUUUGGCUGGUGCUCGUGUUACAUCUGCCAAAGAUUUUGUUGAUGUUUGCCAUCGAAAGACGACAACAAUUAUUGUUGGUUUUGUACAACAAGUUCAAUUCGAUACAACUCGUAGAUUACUCGAGAAACCUUUCGAAAAAACUGUUAGCGUACCAAAUCUUCGCCAACAACAUCAUAUAAAGGUUUUAUACAAAGACAUUAUUGAAUAUGCUUUAUACUCGACUAGAGAAGAGACGUAUGUAUUUCGCUUUUAA